UUUGCUGAAUGGUUUCUUCUAAACCUGAAAUAUUUUGGCAUAUGUAGCUAUGUUACUUAGGUCAUAAUGAAUAAAAUUCUGAUUUCUUCUUGAACUCUGGUCUUUGCCAAUGAACAACAAAUAAAAAUGCUUUAGAAUAUAGCCUAUGGGCCCAUAGUUUGAAAACAUGGAAUUUAUAAUUAUCUAUUCUAAAUUUUCUGUCUUUUGUUAAAAAAGAACCCCCCUUGAAACUGCCUGUUUGGGGGUUAUAUUAACACUGCUGACAUUAUCUGAAGAUUUAUUUAAAUUAGAUUCACAUGGAGUACCUUUCUUUCACAGCUGAUCUAAUUCUUCCACUCUGAAUUUAAGAUUUUUAAAAUAAAAGAACCAGUGUAGACUACAGUGAUUAUUUGUUAAUUUCACUGGUGACAAUCACAAGGCUUUGUUUCCAGAUUUCACUUCCAAAUCAAGAGGUUAAUUUCUCCCUAGGUGAAUAAAUGUUUUCUUAAGUAUUCCCAAGAUUAGCUGGAAAAGAUAUUCCUUACUUUUCACAAUCCUUAUUAUAGUUUCUCCAUCAGCCCCACUACAACAUGGCCUGAUCCUAGACAAACAAAAAAGCUCUGAACCCAUGAAUUCUGGGCAACAAGUCAUUUGACAUUUCAGAUCUUCUCUUUGUUCUGAGUCAGUAGAGCUGCCUGCUAGCCAUCUUUAGGAUAUUUGUAUUCUGUUUUGUAUUUGUGUUUGAUACAAAAAUAAAUUUUGUAUUUAAUGUUGGAAUAUUCGGUUUCUUUAGGUUUUCCUGUUUCUAGCUUAAACAGUAAUUUGGUUAUGGAGAAGUUGGAUUUAAACUCCAUAUGGGUAGAGUUGAUAUGGUACCUUUUCUCUAAAAUACCAAAGUGAUUUAUUUUACUUUGAAGGUUUAUAGUGUGGUUAUAAUACCAUUUAAAAUUUCCAAAUGUCUCCUGCUAUAUUAAACUGGACCCUCUGUUUAACUUACCCUUGACUACCUGUGGUAGCCCUUGUGAAGCUCAAAAAAGACCAGCGAUUUCAUUUCCCAAUGAUCUGUUUGGCAGUUCUUUCUUAGAGAACUUUAUAUUAUCAUCUUUUUGAGGUUUUCAGGGUAAAUGAAAUUUUUCAUUUUUAAUGUUUUGAUUAAGUUUACGGUAUUCUUCUGCUUUGUUAUUUCUCCUUUUAGAAUGAAAUGAAAUGCUGAGAAAUAAAGCUUUCCUAUUCUGAUUUGGAUCUUUAUAAUGGGUAUCGGAAAGUCUAAAACGGAUCCCUGCCCUCUUUCUCUCUCUUGGGGUAAAAGCCACAGUGUGGAUACGAGUCAAAGACAUCACAAAUCAGAUUCCAAGAAAUCUGAAGAAAUCUCCCUGAGGGAUGCUGCUGCUCAGAGCAAUACAGCAGAGAUGCCAACAGGUGACCAGGAGGAGGCCAAGGGAGUGGAGGAGAUGCCAGAAGAGGAAGCAGAAGAAGAGGUUUUCCUCAAAUUUGUGAUACUGCAUGCUGAAGAAGACACAGAUGAAGCCCUCCGAGUCCAGAAUCUGCUGGAAAAUGACUUCGGCAUCAAACCUGGAAUAAUCUUUGCUGAGAUGCCAUGUGGCAGGCAGCAUUUACAGAAUUUGGAUGAUGCUGUCAAUGGGUCUGCCUGGACAAUCUUAUUACUGACCGAAAACUUUCUAAGAGAUACCUGGUGUAAGUUCCAGUUCUAUACGUCCCUCAUGAACUCUGUUAACAGGCAGCACAAGUACAACUCCGUCAUCCCCAUGCGGCCCCUGAGAAACCCCCUGCCCCGCGAAAGGACUCCCUUUGCUCUGCGAACCAUCAACGCCCUGGAGGAAGAAAGUCGUGGCUUUCCUACACAAGUGGAAAGGAUUUUUCAGGAUUCUGUAUAUAGAAUACAGCAAGCUAUAUGGAAAGAGACCAGACAUACGGUACAAAGGCAAUUUAUUGCCUGAGAUGGAACACACAACACACAGAAGGCUCUUGUUUUGUAAAACAAAUGAUUUAUCUCCACUUGAGAAAGCAAAUUUCUAGGAACAGAUUAGAUGAAAGAGAACCUCACUCUUACAGAAACUUAUGGAGCCCAAGAAAGAUAAAUUUCUGCAAGACAGUCUAUAGAAUUGUGGUACUUUUUAAUGUUUCCAUAAACUUGAAAUUGUCAUUUUCAAGAACUCUGUUAUCUCUCACAGUUUUCCUAAUUCAUGAUUACAACAAAGGAUAUUUUAAAUUCAUAUUCCUCGUAUUUGAACUUGAUCAAAACCUUAUAUGAUAGACAUUUAAAAAAUACAAUAACACUUUGAUUUGUUCUCAAAGGAACUGUGGAAAAAAAUAGCCUCGAGAGAUUCGACCACCCUCACUUUCGAGGCACCUCUCAUGAAUGUUGCAAUAAAGCGUUCCCGGUGUUGUCGCCCAGAAAUAGGGAUAGCCAGACUAGAACAUUUAGAAUGUUGAGUGCUGAUAAAUAUGAAACCCAAAAUAGAUGCGAGAAUGGUAGGGCUCUUUAAAAGAAUCCAAUCAAAUGUGUUUCCUUUAUGCUGGAAUUUGCAUAUUUGGAGGCAGUUCCCACCACUGAUUAGUGGCCCAUUUGAUGGUAUUGUGGUCAGGGACUUCCUGUCUUGCCUGGUGUUGACAUGACCCCUGGAGCUGGAAGCUCUCCAUUGUUGGUCAUUGUGUGUGACCAGGAGCUUCUGAAAGGUGUAUGUAUCCUUGGCCAGAUGUGCUCCUUUAAAAUCAAUAACCUCUCCUAUGGCAGCUGUUAAAAACUCCUCUGUCACACAAUGCCCUAUCAAGGAAAUACUUCUCAGCUAGGUGAUCACAGAGCCUGACUCGUGUGUGUGUGUGUGUGUGUGUGUGUGUGUGUGUGUGUGUGUGUGUGUGUUGUAGAUCACUUUCAGACUUGGGAUAGAAGUGGGAGAUGCGUUUUCUGGCGUCCUCUUCUAGUGCCCCACACUCAUAGCAAACCAGAGGCCCCAAGAGGACCCGGUCCUGUCUUUCACAGCCCUUCUGCCCCAGCUGAGAUUGAGGGAGAACCAUCAAGUACAAACCCAGGGACAAGGCGGAGUGUGAAUCAGGUCAUGUUGUAAUGAGAAAAGCACCAGAUAGGGAUCAGGAGACCUGGUUGUUCUAGUCCAGUCUCUUUCACUGAGGAUGAAUGGGACCCUGGGCAAGCUAUUUACUCUCCUUUAUCUGUGAAAAGAAAGGAUUGGAUUGAUGAAUCUGUAAAGGCCUUUGUCCUCUCCCAGAAUGUGAAUAACUAGGAACCAGAAAAGGGAACAAGCAAAAAAAAAGAUAGAAUUUUAUAAUGUAAUAGUUGCAGGAGGCUUCAUAUAUAUGCUCACAAUGAAAGGAUAUUGUAUAUGUUUACAGUGUAAUUGAUUUCUAGUGCUUCCCAUUACAUUUUUAUAGUCACAGAAAAAUAUUACAAUACGUGGUUACUCAGAUUUUUUUUUAAUUUUUAAAAUUUUUUCUAGGGACCCUUGAGCAAAAACAUUCUGCCCUAUUUUUCUUUCUCUUUAUUCCCACUUCUCCAUAUCCCCUACUAACACUAGUGUCUGCUCACAGCUUUCUAGUCUGCCUCUUCAUAGUUAUGAAUCAACACGUUUCAUAAUCCUGCAAAUAAGUCAAACCUCCCCCACUACUAGUACUUAUCAAAGAUGAGAUUCUUCUCAUUGUGUGGUGACUUAAAGUUCCCUUCUAUCAUAUUAGCAUACUACUCACUUUUUUUUUCAGUUCUAUUGAUAAGCAUUGUUUUUUUUUUUUUUUUUUUUUUGCCACACUGCUUCCUGUAUCUCCAAUUUCAUAUACAAAUAAAACAUUAACCACCCACCCUGCCUGCCUGCCAAAGUUGGCGCAAUUAAUGCUGGAUGGUAUUUUUUAAAUAAGUGUUUUUGUUUUUUACCUUUGGCUAGGCUUGAUUAUUUCCAAGUCCAGUGAAGAUUGUGGAAAAGUGUUUUGAAAAGAGGAAUCUGUACUCCUCCAUAGAGCACCAGGCACAGUGUCUCACUCGAUUUGGAGUUACAUAUAUCUAUUUUUAUGAUGAAUAAAAAUGUUAAGUACUGGGGCCUCCCUGGUGGCGCAGUGGUUGAGAGUCCUCCUGCCGAUGCAGGGGACACGGUUUCGUGUCCCGGUCCGGGAAGA